ACGGUGUUAGACUCUGAAAAAUGAAAACCUUCAAGAAGCUUCAUCUUGAUAUAGUGUCUGACUAGUUAAUAUUGGGUUUGAAUUUUCCAAACUGAAUCAGAAACCCACCUAUAUAUAUAGAUCUCAAACAGAUGAGAAGUUUAUACGUACAAAAAAGAGAAUGGCAACUUCUUCUAGAUUUCAGGUAUAUGUCCUGGCUUUUUGUGCAACCCUUCUUAUUCAAAGUGGCUGUUAUGGCCAUUCUGUGCAUCAGAGAAAACAUACAGCCUUGUUCAUCUUCGGGGAUUCAACAUUUGAUGUUGGAAAUAAUAACUACAUAAACACUUCCACUUACUUUCAAGCAAAUUUCUUCCCAUAUGGGGAAACCUUCUUCAGCCACCCGACUGGUAGGUUCUCCGAUGGUCGUCUAAUCCCAGAUAUCAUUGCUGAAUAUGCAAACUUGCCAAUGAUUCCACCAUACUUACAGCCGGGUUUCGACAACUAUACUAAUGGGGUGAACUUUGCAUCUUCUGGGGCUGGUGUUCUAGCUGAAACUCAUCAAGGAUUUGUGUUGGACCUUAAAACUCAACUGGGUUAUUUCAAAAAUGUGGAGAAGCAGUUGAGGCACAGACUAGGUGAAGCAGAAGCUCACACAUUGUUGUCCGAAGCUGUUUACUUGAUUGCCAUCGGAAGCGGUGAUUACUCUUUCCCAUUCAUAGCGAAUUCAAGUUUGUUCGAGUCUCACACACAUGAAGAAUAUGUUGGCAUGGUGAUAGGAAACCUUACAAAUGUGAUCAAAGAAAUAUACGAGAAAGGAGGAAGAAGAUUUGGGAUUAAAGGCAUUGGGAAUUUGGGUUGUAUACCGGGCUUGAGAAUAGUUAAACCAGGAAACACAAGCACCUGUAAUGAAGAAGUAAAUGCACUUUCAAAACUCCACAAUAGAGUACUUGCUAAAGCCCUCCUGGAGCUGAAAGGACAGCUUCAAGACUUCAUAUACUCGAAUCCAAAUUUAUACCCUUACGCAGAUGACGUAGUUCAUAAUCCAUCAAAAUAUGGUUUCAAGGAAGCAGAGAUGGCAUGCUGUGGCUCUGGUCCAUUAAGAAGAAUUAGUAGCUGCGGAGGGAAGCGAGGUGUGACUGAGUAUCAGUUAUGUGACAAUGUUACUGACUAUGUCUACUUUGAUUCCGGCCAUCCCACAGAAAGGUAUAACCAGAAACUUUCGAAGUUAUGGUGGAGCCAUACUCCUGAUGUCACAGGACGUUACAUCAAUUUGAAAGAGCUAUUUGAAGUAUAGAAUAAGAAUUGUGAUGCAACUUAUCAGUUGAACUUAUGUUCCAGUUAGUUGAAGUAUAGAAUAAGAAUUGGGAUCCAUUUUAUGUUCCAGUUAUUUGAAGUAUAGAAUAAGAAUUGGGAUACAUCUUAUGUUCCAAGUUAUGGUGGAGCCAUACUCCUGAUGUCACAGCACGUUUAUAUCAAUUUGAAAGAGCUAGAGCUGUUUGAAGUAUAGAAUAAGAAUUGGGAUACAUCUUAUAUUCCAGUAAUGGACUCAAAUUUCAAGUUUACCAUAGCA